GUUGUUUAUUAAGUAAAAAACGGUCGUUACCCAGGUAGCCGUUGCCCUGGCUCCAACCAUGCAGCCUGACACCCACCACUUGACUGUUCCCUGGGAAGACCACCUUCCUAAGAUAGCGUUUAGCUGCAAGAAAUGCUCUGCAAGGCUUAUCCUAGGCCAUGCUGCUUCACCCUCUUCAAUUUUUGUGGUUUGCUCAUGCUCUUCUUGCGGACAACGCCCGCUCCGCAGCUUCCGUUCCGGUGGAUCCAUAUACAGCCUCAGUGACUGGGCUGAGCACACGGAGACAAAGCCUGAGGAUAUUCAAGUUCUCCACUCAAGCGUCGGCGACGAGGCGCCGUUUGAGAGCUGGCUGUCCGAGGAGUCCGUGCGCAUGGGCGGCGACUUGCUCCGGCGGAGGCAAGUAAACAUUUUCCACUGGAACGGCAACCUUUCUGACACUGUUGCAGCUGAGCUCGCACCUUCUGGGGCUUCAUCUUCUUCGCCCACCGCGUAUGCUGGGUUCGGCAAUUGGAGGGCGGCCACCAUACGCGGCUAUGAUCCGGUUACGCGUCGCUUCGAACUCAAGUACCACGACGAGCCCAAGCGCAGCCAAGCCCACAUUUGGCUGCCAUUUGCGGUCCUUCACUUUGCGCGUAACCCUCCAGCAACGGCUGCUUGCGUCCGCUCCAACCCUGACAGCGCUCCGGCGCUUACUUCGUCUCCAUUGACAGACUCCGUGGGCGCAUACACCUUCGCCGCGCCUCAGCAACAAGACCAGCCCGGCCACCUCCAGCAAGCGCAAUGGCUGCAAGAACAGGAGCAGUACCUGCCGCUGCCGACGGCCCACCUGCAACCAGCCUCCUCAAGCCGCGCCUCAGCCUCCUCCCUGCAAGGCCGCGACAGCUGCCUUUCCGCCUGCUCCAGCCAGCCCACGUCUCCUCCGCCACCGCCGCCCCAGAACCCGCACGGCUACACCUCCCUCGGCUGCGCUGACACAACGCCGUUCUCGCGGUCCUCUGAUGCUGCCUCCUUCCAAGACUGCUGCAACAACAACGUCGGUAACUCCCAAGUGGGCUUCCUACCGGCUCCUGCCAUGAUGAUGACGACCAGGCCGUCCGUUUUGGCGUCGUCGGCCUUCGGCUCCCAGCCCAUGCUGCGACCCGAACACGCUGGGCCGGGCGGUGCAGCCAACUCCGGCUUCGUGCCGCGCACACAGUCCGCCCUGCUGCUUGACGCGUGGGCGGCGAUGCCAUGCACGGACGACGCAGCGAUGCUGUGCAGCGGCGGUGCCGUCGCCCCUGCUGCUGCUGCUGCUGCUGGCCCCCUGCCUGCUUCCUCCUACGCCAACAACGGCCACCUGAGGCAGCAGCUCCCCAACGCCACCUCCACCGACUCGGCAAGCAGCCGCAGCCCCGUGCCGCCCUGUGGAAACCCGACGGCUGCUGCGACGGCGCCACAAGGGCCCUACCACGUGUACAGCUCGGGCGCUCCUGCUUCCAGCGGCAGCCCGGCGGUGCCCAGUGGCAAUUCCUCCGCAUCUGGGUCGCCGCAGUGGGUGCUGUCCGUGUCCACCGCCGCCGCCGGCAACACAUCUGCCGCCGCGCCGGCCGCUGUGAGGAGGACAACGUUUGGUGGUUACGGUAGCGGCGCGGAUCAGUGGUCGGUGGAUGCCAAGGCAGGCGGUGCUGACGAGUUUGGCAGCAUGGCUGCGCAGCUGCUGUCAGACCUGUACGACGAUGACUUGUGGCCCGCGGGUAUGUUCCGCUCAUCCACACCCGAGACCACCCUUGCCGUGCCCGCCCUGGACAGCCCGCCAGUCUUCUCAGCCCCGAUGCCGUACGAGCUCCCGUCGCCGUACACCAAGUUUGACUCCUGGAUCCCGAGCUCCUGGCCCUCACCCACGGAGUCCCAGAACAACAACGGCGUCGCACUCAGCCCCCCCGAGCACCCCUGCCUGCGACCGCAAAUCCUGCAGGAGCAGCAGCAGGAGCGCCCGCACCCCCAGUUUGCCAAGACCAUGACCACGACGCUGAACGGCACCUCCCAAGGGCAGCAGGCGGCGCGCCGGCGGGCCAAGCGGUCGGCCCGGGUUGCGCCCGAGGACUUCCAGAGCAGCGGUCAGAUGGGCCUGCUGCCUGGGUGGGGCGAGGCAUGCGGCGCCGAGCCGCAAUCUGAGGCUGCGGCGCUGGCUGCGCUGCUGCGCGAGUGGAGCGAAGGGUCGGGAGAUGAGGAGGAGGGUGCGGAGGGAGAGUACUGGGCUGUGCCGCCGCCGGCUAAGCGACGGCUGCUAUGUUAGCUGCUGGCUGCCUGCACGUGAGGAAGAAGAGGACGAGGGAAGUCGCGUGCUGUUGCCGCUGCUGCUGCUGCUGCUGCGACGGCGACAACAAUGAAACACUGCCAGGCAUGGACACACGCAGGGGUGAGGAGUGCGACAUCAGGUGGCGGUGCAUCGCCAGGAGGGGCUCGUCUGUUUCCAAUAAUGUCUGCGAUUCCAGGAAACGGUUGAUCUUACCAGAAAUUUUACCAGAAAUUUUGCAUUCAUGCUAGUGUGCGGCGGUGUGCGUGCCCCGAGCGCGCAUCGCUUAAACGGUGUGCCGGUUCGAGUACCGACUUGUACUGCGAGAGGGCGGCGCGCGCGUGGGAUGGUGACGGACGACGAAAACGAAGACGCAACACGAGGGAUCGCGUGCGAGUUGCACCAGAAGAGGAUAUCGUUUCUUUCAAUGGCCGCUUGCGCAGGGCAUGUGAAUCCCUGUGCUUGUUCUGGCCGGUGGGUGAGCGAGCGAGGCGUCGGCGGGUUGUAUCUUAGCCUUUACAAUUGCUGUUGGGUUGCAUGGCGUGGUUGACGGCAAGUGGAGGGUUAGUGGAGUAGCAGACAUGGUUGAGGAAGGACGUUCCCUACAGGCGGGAGAGCAGUGCUGCGACGACUUACGAGAAUUUAUGAGGCGCUGCUUUAAUGAGCUGAUGUGAUGGCCCUGAUGGGCCCUCAGGUGUUAAUUGCGUGUCGUGUCGUGUCGUGUCAUUUAUUGAGCGUGACCCAAAUCAGUUACGCUGCUAAUACUAGUAUUCGAGGCAUUGGAGUAUCAUAUUUUGCGUGUGACUAAUCCUCUUGCGACUUAACUUGACUCGGCUGGUCUGCUGCGCUGUGUGAAAGCGUGCCGUGACCAAGGACGUGCAUUUCUUGCUUGGUUUGUUGGAUUCCCCGCAACCCUUGCGGGUGCGCCGGCAGGGGACAUUCAAUGGGAAGGGAGAGGAGGUCGACCGGAGAGGAGGGGACUUUCAUCACACUCGACACGAUAGCACGGAUGAGUGGCGCGGUGUACGUGCCCUUGCGGGGAAAGGGAUGCAGCUGAAGAAGAGAAAUGCAGGCCGGUGCGCUUGUUGUACUUUUGUUGAUCAUGAAACAGCGCUGAAGCACGUGUCCCUUGAUGUGGCCAAGGGCACGUUCGGGUGUCUGUUUGCGCUAGACGCCGUGUUGGGCUGUUGCUCUCUGGCUGCCCAUGUCAAGGGUUUGCCCAGGGGCCUGCCAGCAACGGCUACAUGUAGUCCGGAACCUUGCAAAGGAACCGUGGAUGUUCGAAUAUUCGUGGGAAGUAGAGUGUCUUAUGCGUGUUUUGGACGGGCAAAGAUGGUUUCAUCCAAUUAGAGUCACGAUCUCGGGGGGCAACAAUAAUAAGGACUACAUCCCCGAUGCCUCGUGUGCUCUGUUGUGUCUUGUUGUCUUGGCCCAGCUGUUGGGUGUCGGGCAGUAUCUCUUCACCGUAGGCCGGUGGAGAGCUGGUGUGGGAUUGUUGUCGGUUACACGAUGUGCCGGCGUAUUGGUCGGGUGCAUCUCACCUUUUGUUGUAGGGGUUCCGCCGCCCCAUGGGGAAUUGGUCAUCGUUAUUUGGUGACGCCUGGGUAAAGGCAUGGAGUCUGGCAAAUGGGUUUUCGAUAUGGGGUUUUGUUGGCUCGUUUGGACAGCCUCACUUGGGUGAUUAAAUUAAAUGCGUUUGCGAUGGCUGGACGAGGACGGGAGGGAAGUGGGAAAGGGCGGCAGGCUGGGGAAACCGGCUAUGGAAGUGGAGGAGGUUGGAGGGGUUAGGUCGCAUAUACCAUUUUUUGUAUUAGCGGCCCACUUGGGCUCCGGGUUCAGGCCAAGCGGGGAGCCCUCAGCAACGGCUAGCAUGUGCCCGGGCCCCGUGGCCGCCAUAAGGAACGCCAAAGGAAGUACAUGAGGUGAACUGUUCAAAAAGCGGUUAUAUGUGCCAUGCGUUUUGGUUUCGUUUUGGGGUUGGUGGUCGGGUGUUGGUAUGGUCGGUGGAAGGCGGGCACGGGCGACACUGAAAGAUGUGUGUCAAGAGAUCUGCCAGAGGACGUGUGUGUGCGGCUAUAUAGGCGACAGCGCAUGCUUUGACGGCCGGAAACCCCAGAAGUCGGGGCAGUGCAGGCGGAGCGCUGGUCGGGCUGCGCCUGGGCAUGAGGGUGUUUCACGCCGGGCACAGGCUGCAGUGGAGUUACUAAAGCCGCAACCAGUUGACGCCCAUGGUUUCGCUCUGUGUUUUGUAUUUACAUGUUGCUUUGACAGUUCUGUUCAGGUGCUGGUCGUGCGUGCCGCCGUCCUAAGCACUACAGCGUGUGCAGAUUACGGCUUGGUGUCUUGGGUGGCUUGUCGGGUUUGACUUGCAUAUGUGUAACCUCAUUUACCGCA